AGAAAAAGUCGACAGUAUUCUAUCCCACUCACAAAAAUUGUUUUUACUGCAGCUGUACUUCAACUAUUGUUUAGUAAUCUACAGGCAACAAAACGUUUUACUAUUGUUCACGUCACUUUUCAAUGCUAAGCCAAGUGAAGUGAAGUGAAUUCAAUAUUUGGAGUAUUUUAAAAGCUUUCAUUUUCCUUUUCAUUUUUCAUCAUAGUUUCUUUGUGACUAUAUUUAGAACAAUUAAAACGUUUAAAUGACAACGGUGAAAUUAAAAUAAGGCAGCAUGUUAUUUCUUUUUCUUAUCGGCAUUAAAUGCGUGAUUGGCGAUGGACAAUUUGAAUGUGGAGAACACGGCAGAUUUGAAUAUUGUAUAGAUGAAAUUCCAGGUUGCGUGAUAGGAUGCCAUUGCCACCCGGGAUAUUAUUUUGAUACGGAUUCUAAAAUAUGUGAACCAAAUAUUAAAUUAACCCAAAAUUACCGAAGAUAUUAUCAAACCAACGAACCUACGCCAGCUGAAAUUGCACACAAAGAAGUUGAAAGCACCGAACCUGUUCCAACCCUUGAUCCCGUUGACAAUCAAGUUGACGAAAUAACAAAAAAUGCUGAUGACUUAGGCGACUGGUUAUAUAACCAAUUCUUUAAAACUAUCGAAAAUCAAGUCAUCAAUAAAACAAAAGAAAAUAAUUUUCCAACGAGAAGAAACGGGAUUAGCCCCCUCGAAGUCAAAAGUAUAAGCAGAAGAAAAAUGUCGCGUAAAAAAAGAAAAAAAUCAAAAGACAAAAGAAAAAAAUCAAGCAUGCGAAGGAAGUUACUGCGCAUUACUGAGAAUGACAGUGUAUUUGAUUCAACAUCAGAAGAAUCCGAAUCCGAUUCGAGCGAAAGUGCAUCUGACGACAGUGGAACGUUUGAAAUCGAGCAAGGAGAAGAUAAACACACCGAUGAUAAAGAACAUGGUCACAAAAAGAUUGUUAUUAUAAAUAAGAAACCGAAGCCACCGCUGCCCUCAUUUAUUUUUUUACCGAAUAUGGACACGCCGUUCUAUCCACCGAUAGGACUCCCUCCACCACCAAUUAUGCCUAUGUACCCAUUUGUCCCUGUUCCACCCGUGCCCGCAUUUCCCUGUCCAGAUCAAGAAGAAAAUGGAGGUAGUACAACAACAGCUACAGUCACUACGACUACCUCAAGUAUAACAACGACUACGUUACCUUCAAGUCUAACGACAGAACAACCUUUAACAACUGUCUCUACUAUAGAUGAACAGGAUGCUGAAACAUCUAUAGAUAUUGGUCCCACUGAAAAAGCUGUAUCUGAAAAAGGGGUACGAGCUGGUCGCUACAAAAAGAAGAAUAGAGCAGCAAGACUCAAGCAACGUAAUAUGGAUGAGCCGUAUCCUGGUUUUACUAAAAGUCAUCCACUGCAAGGAUCGUCUAGAAGUCGAUCGAAACUUCUACAACGUUUACGCCAUAAAAUGAAGAAUUUCGCACCAAUUCAGCCUCCAAUAGAACAUGAAGAAAAUACAGAGAUUUCCUUUUUGGAAAGUGAUGGUUUUGACGAUACUCUAAAUAAUGAAAUACAAUCAAAGCCUAAUAACAACCCGAAAUCUGAAAAUGUAGAUUUUAAGUAUAUCAGUGAAUUAAUACAUAGAGUCAACCUCAACAAUACUGGCAAUCCAAUGAAAUACAAUCCAAGCGAUAGCGUUGAAGUAUAUAGCCCAGUUAAAUAUCACAAAAUGAAACACCAAAAUUUUAAUAAUCCCAAGGAUUCGCGUAGUGGUGAUUCGGAUGACUCAUAUUACACUAAUUUAGGAAGACAAAUUGCUUCAAUCAUUCGAAAUGCAGACGCACAAAAUCAACAAGUUAAUAUAGAAAUUGAACAAACAAACCAAAAUACUGAAAAUCAUGUUUUCUUUAAUGAAAAUUCUCCAAAAUCAUUUUGGGAAAGAUCUGUGAGAUCUCCAGUUAAAUUUAUUAAUUCAAACAAAAACAAUUAUGAUUAUCUUAAAAGAAGUAAUGAGUUAUUAUUUAACAUUGAAAACAAAGUAUCAAUUAUGGCAACAACAGAACCAUCUUUAAGUUUACAAGAUAUAGAAAACAUAGUUAAUGUCAUGGCAAAAGCGCAGAGAAAAAUAAAGCACAAUCAACAUGAUCUCAACAACAUUAGAACUUCCAAUAAAAAUCUUAAUUUGAAUCUAUGGCCGAAAGAUAGUCAACAUUUAGAAAGCAAUCUCCAAAACAUUCAAGCAAAGCCUGUAUUGCAUGAAAAUGAGAAAAAUGUUUUUAAAAAAUUGCCAGAACUACGUGGUGUAAGCAUGCAAAAUUUUCAUCGAUUUACAGCUUGGUUAAGUACAGGAAAAAAUAAUGAAACAUAUAAAGACAAAACGUAUUUGACUGAGACAAAACCCUUAGAAAGAAAAUUUAUCAACACAAUGGAUAAACAAAGUCAAUUGCCAAUAACUGCAGUUUCUACACGACCCGUGGCUCUAAGAUCGAAUAGUUCUAUGAUUCCAAAAACACCAAUUAUAGACCACCAGUCCUUCCAUUCGAUGUUACCAAACUACAAAUAUAUGGAAAGAAAAAAAUAUUUUCAAGACAACAGUAAUACUGGAGUCAAUGACGGAUAUGUUAUCCCAAUGAAACCUGUUAAUCAGUUUUUAAACAUGCCGUUUGAUCCACAACCAACAUAUUUUCAUCAUGAUAUAAGUCAUUUUCAUUAUUUCUAAUCUGUAGAUAAAUCUCUUACGUUAGAUAUAAGUAUAACAUAUAUUUCGCGUGAAGAUUAUUUUAUAUUUACAAUUUUUAAAUAAGUUUUAAAUAUUUUAUAAACUAAAAUAAAUAAAAAUGCAGAAGA